AUGUCAUCCCUAGCCAGCAAUUCCUACUUGAGUGUAUCCAACUCCACCGGCUCCAACUACUCCAGCAACGAAGAAACACCGCGUACCCUCAACCGCCCGCAAAAUCGUAUCUCCAACGUCAGCUCCACCGACAGCGAAGCCGAAUACGACACCCUCGUAGAGCGUGUGCGCUCUUGGCAGCUCGAGAAGCUUCGCACUCCACAGAAACCCGGUGCUGAUACCGAUAGUGACAGCGAGGGGUACGAGAGCGAUACUGAAGAGUCCGAGGAUCAAGAGGAGGGCGGCGUAUCGGUCUUUGUGAGGGAUGAUGGAGAUAGUGAUAGUGAUGGAGAUAGCGAUAGUGAGGGUUAUGAAGCAGAUGAUGAAGAUGGAGAAUGGGAUUUGGAAGAGGGGGAUGAGAUGUUCGUCUGGGUUAAGAGUGACGGGGAGGAGGUUUAUCAUCGGGCAACCGUGGGUGAGGAUGGUGGUGAAGGUAUCGAUGUGGAGGUGGGAGAAGGGAGUGACAAGGAAGAAGGAGGUGAGAAUGGGGAUAAAUCCGGCUCGGAAGACGGGGAGUCAAGCGUUACAGGAGAUAAACCUCCCGCCAUCGUCCGACCCAGCGUUAAAUUGGUCGGCGAGGAGGAAGCACUAGAUGACGAUUCUGCUGGCGAGAGAUACAGAUGGAGAAACACUGACAGGGCUCGUCUUGUUGCGUUCCGGAGACAGAGGAUGAGGGGGACGAGGGAUUUCGAGAUGAUGUACUAA